AUGGCUCCACCAACAGUGGUCCUCAUUACUGGCGCUGGCAGAGGCAUCGGCAAGGCUCUAGCAACCACAUAUCUCUCAUUCCCUGACCACGUUGUUGUUGGAACUCUUCGCGACCUUAAAGGCCCGCAGGCGGAACAACUGCGUAGCUUGCCUGCAGCGAGCGGCUCACGUUUACUGUUGGUUGGCAUCGAAAACACAAAUCUCUCGGAUCCCAAGAACGCCAUCGAAGAAGUUGAAGCUGCCGGUAUUGACUAUAUUGACAUCGUCAUUGCCAAUUCGGCCGUUUCGAUCGGCGGCGGUCCUCUAGAAGCUGUUGACCUCAAAUUUUUCAACGCAAGUUUUGAUGUCAACGUGGUAUCCGGUCUUGCACUGUUCCAGGCAGUUCACAAGCUGCUCGCCAAAUCGAGCGACCCGAAGUGGAUUUCGAUUUCGAGUCGAGGAGGGUCUGUCGCAGCUCCACUUCCUUGGUACCCGUACGCUGCUGCCUAUUGUAUGUCAAAGGCCGCACAAAAUUGGUUCACACAAGCUCUCCAUAUUGGAAACCAACCACUCACCGCUUUUGCGGUCCAUCCCGGAUUUGUUUCGACAGACAUGGGAAUCGCAGCAGCUACUAGUGCGGGCAUUGCCUUACCCGAAACUUCCAGUGAAGAGAGUGCCAAAAAUAUCAUAAAUUUGAUCGGUUCAGCGACACGUGAGAAUAGCUCGGGAAGAUUCUUUGAUGUUGAUACUCGUGAAGAGAUUCCUUGGUAG